ACACUUUUUGCUUAUAAAAAGUAGGGACCAUCCCUGCUUUCUUCAGUUCGGGCUUGUCCAUCUUGUUGUGUGUAAGAGCCGGACUCUUUUUGCGGCAAUACAUCCCGUUUCUUAUAUCGAUAUACCGUGUUGUGCCUGGCUAUUGUAAUCGGAGAAUUUUCACUGCUCAACACACCUGUACCCGGUAUUUUUUUUAACUUCCGAAGAAAAUUUUUACAUUUCCAAUCUGUCCAGCAGAGGGCAUCACUACAUUAUCAAGUCAGGAAACGGAAGAUGUCUUUUUCAUCCAGCAGAGGGCAGCAGAGUCAAAUAUUUGAAAUGGGAUAAAUGGCUGCAUUUGAUGGGAAUCAUCAGGUGCCUCACGUUGCUGAGUAUCCGGGCUAUGGAGGUCUAAAUGUGCCAAAAUUAAAUAAACAAUUAAUUAAAUAAAUAAAUAAAUACUUCAUUUUAUUUCGAAAUAAUAACCUCAUGGCUAUUUAAUUAUUUUAUGUUUUAUUUCCGAAUGGCUGUUUUAAUUUCCGAACUGCCUUUUUCAUUUCAUAAUGACACUUUUCCAAAAUGGUAAUACAGUUUAGUGAUGUAUGAAAUACAGCCAUUUACCUCAUUUGAAAUGUUUGACUCUACUGCCCUCUGCUGGAGCAAAAAUAUACUAUCCGUAUCUUCCGUAUGUGAAGACUGGAUGCAAUCUAAAGCCAACAAACUGGAGGUCUGAGGUCCUGUGUUGUACCAUAUUCAGUCAGCGAUUUCCUGGUUGUAAAGCUUCCUUUUAUCCCUGCUUUAUAUGUAUUAUAAAAUGAAAAAGUUAAUACUUACAGAUGAUAGUAAAUCAAAGAAAAAAGUGAAAAGACAAUGCGUAAAGAUAUCGGAAAUGAUAACGAUAGUUAUCCUGCUUUGGUCACUGAGAGAACACAGAUUGCAGAGCACGAGGGACUAAAGAGGUGGGGACUGAGAAGAACAAGAAGUGAGAAUCAUGUUAAAACGAGCUGAACCCUCUUACGGAUACACACACACACACACACACACACAAACAAGCAUCAUGCAUAUGGCUACCACUCAGCUACUCUUCCUCUCCAUCAUCUUCCUCCCUGUACUGCCAGGUGCUGGUGCUGUGUCCACAGUGAGUAAUGUAGCUGUACAGACAGGAAGAUCUGCCACCAUCCCAUGUCACUAUGAUAAGAAAUAUGAAAAGCAUGUGAAAUACUGGUGUCGGUGGUCAGAUUGGAAUACAUGUCAUACUCUAGUACGCACUGACUCUCCAGAAGUCGAAGGUGAAACAUCAAUCACUGAUGACCCUACACAUCAUGUCUUCACUGUUACCAUGACAAAGCUGACGGGGCAGGACACUGGAUAUUACUGGUGUUGUGUAGACAUUGAUUGGUAUUUAGAUGACUGCACAUAUCUGCACCUGUCUGUCACCGCAGAAGCUCCUGGACUCUGGGUUGACCAGCAGGAGGUGACCGGUGUGGAAGGGGGCCAUGUCAGUAUGCAGUGUCACUAUAAUGAACCGAGCAGCAUGAAGAAGUGGUGCAGGGCUGAGGGCUCCUGUGUGGAAGUGAAUUCUGCUAAAUCUGGAAGAUCAGAGAUCAAAUACAACCGCUCUAAAAAGGUCUUCAUUGUGACAAUGAGGGAGUUGAACAGAGAGGACCCUGGCUGGUAUUGGUGUGCUGCUGGAGAACUACAGAUCCCUGUUCACAUCACUGUCACUCAGAAAACUACUACUACCACAGUCACCACAACAACCCAAUCUUCAACAUCAAGACCACUAUGCACAUCUCUUCCAGUUAGCACAGCAACCACAUCAGCUACAGCUGAAGAGCCUUCAACCUCAAAGCAGUUAGCAGUCACAAUACCUCGGUCAUCUAUUCCACCCACUACCACUUACAGUAAACGCCCUUCAGACCUCAUAAUCGUCCUGAUGACAUCAGGGAUACUGUUGCUGGCGGCAGCUGUUGCUACCGUUACCUGGAAGCUGUGGAAGAAACACAAGAGCGUCCAGGCGAACACAAGAGCAAGAGAGGACAGGAGGAACGAGGUGACAACUGAAGUGACCUACAGCACAGUGUUCACCAAGACACGGUCAUCAUCACACAGAAUGAGUCCACCUCAGUCACAGUCAUCUGAGAGCUCUGCAGAUGAGGUCAUGUACUGCUCAGUCAUCCUGCAAAAUCCACAGGCCACACACUCCCCUAACCAGUCUCCAGCAAGAACAGCCGAAGAUGUGAUUUACAGCUCAAUAGCCCAGCAGAAAAUGCAGGAAAUGAUAAUGAUAGAUAUCCUGGCCACUGAGAGAGCACAGAUUACAGAGCAUGAGGAACCUAAGAGGUGGGGACUGAGAGGAACAGGAAGUGAGAAUCAUGUUAAAAAGAGCUGGACUCUCUAUCAGAUGCAUACACACACAAGCGGGCAUCACACGCAUAUGGCUCCCAUUCAGCUACUCUUCCUCUCCAUCAUCUUCCUCUCUGUACUGCCAGGUGCUGAUGCUGUAUCCACAGUGAGUAAAGUAGCUGUACAGAGAGGAAGAUCUGUCACCAUCCCAUGUCACUAUCAUAAGAAAUAUGAAAAGCAUGUGAAAUACUGGUGUCGGGGGUCAGGUUGGAACACGUGUCGUACUGUAGUACGCACUGACUCUCCAAAAGUCGAAGGUGAAACAUCAAUCACUGAUGACCCUACACAUCAUGUCUUCGCUGUUACCAUGACAAAGCUGAAGACAGGGGACUCUGGAUACUACUGGUGUUGUGUAGAGAUCAAUUUGGAUGUAGAUGAGGGCACACUUCUGUACCUGUCAGUCACUGCAGAAGCUCCUGGACUCUGGGUUGACCGGCAGGAGGUGACCGGUGUGGAAGGGGGCCAUGUCAGUGUGCAGUGUCACACUAAUUAUCCAAGCAGCAUGAAGAAGUGGUGCAGGGCUGAGGGCACCUGUGUGGAAGUGAAUUCUGCUAAAUCUGGAAGAGCAGAGUUCCAAUAUAGCCGUUCUAAAAAGGCAUUCAUUGUGACAAUGAGGGAGCUGAAAAGAGAGGACACAGGCUGGUAUUGGUGUGCUACUGGAGAACUACAGAUCCCUGUUCACAUCACUGUCUCUCAGAAAACUACUACUACCACAGUCACCACAACAACCCAAUGUGCAACAUCAACACCACCAUGCACAUCUCUUCCAGUUAGCACAGCUACCACAUCAGAUACAGCUGAAGAGCCUUCAACCUCAAAGCAGUUAGCAGUCACAAUACCUCGGUCAUCUAUUCCACCCACUACCACUUACAAUAAAAGUCUUUCAGACCUCACAUUCGUUCUGAUGAUAUCAGGGAUACUGUUGCUGGCGGCAGCUGUUGCUACCAUUACCUGGAAGCUGUGGAAGAAACACAAGAGCAUCAGGGUGAACGCAAGAGCAAGAGAGGACAGGAGGAACGAGGUGACACAGACUGUAGACUCUGAAGAUGAAGCGACCUACAGCACAGUGUUCACCAAGACACAGUCAUCAUCACACAGAAUGAGUCCACCUCAGUCACAGUCAUCUGAGAGCUCUGCAGAUGAGGUCAUUUACUGCUCAGUCAUCCUGCAAAAUCCACAGGCCACACACUCCCCUAACCAGUCUCCAGCAGGAACAGCCGAUGAUGUGAUUUACAGCUCAGUAGCCCAGCAGAAAAAAUAGUGAUUACAGACACAUGGUGGCUGUCGUAAAGGGUUCACACUCUGCUGUUUGAGUAGCGCUAAGAAUAAUCACAACUGUUUGACCGUCUAUUCCUCUGUGGGGUUUUGGUUCCUGAAUGUCAGAUCUUCAGUGAAGCAGGAACUUCUUGCAUGGCAAACUCUAUCUGCAAAUUCUACUCAUAUUCCACUGAUGGUUUAAUUUCACACAGACCGGGACAUUCAGUAAUUAUGACCACACAGGUUUCACUUGCCAAUAUUUAAUGCAUUUAAACAGUGUAGGCUGAUAUUAAAGAAGUUGUAAGCUUUGCAGCACAGUAUAGAAAUAGUAGAUCUGACUGACUCAAUGCCUUUGGGUGUUCAUUUGGGGCAUUUAUUCUUCAUGCUAUUCUUAGCUAUUUCUGAUGUAAUGUGACCGGAGAAUAAAUCACCCUUUAACAGACAAGUAAAGCGUCAGAUUACGAGUAAUUAGCAGCUUGUUCUUGGAUUAAAGCAAAUUCUGGGCAUAAUACUCUGCAGUUUUGCUCUUUGCCCAAGAAAUAUCAACCCCUUAAAUCAUAUAAGAUACUUAUCUCAAGGCUCUGUGACUCAUGGAAGUUGCAUUUAAUUAUCUUUAUAAACUUUCCUUCAUUCCUUUCACUGUUUUUAGGACCUUUUUUCAUUGUUUAACCCAAAUUAUCUUGAUAUAUGUAUGUGUGAAUGUUCCCUGUCAGCUCAAUAGGGGGCAGCAAUGAGUUUGAUGACAGUCCCGAAAGCAAUUCUGUUUACAUCACUGAACUGUAUAAGAAGAGUUCAUUGGUUUAUAUGCACAAGGGAAGAGUCCCGGAUGCUCUGCAAAGUGAAGAACCUGAGGAUUCCCAUCAAAUGCAGCCAUUUAGCCCAUUUCAAAUGUUUGACUCUGCUGCCCUCUGCUGGAUCAAAAAGGAUACUUUCAAUUUCCUACGUAAUAAUGUACUGAUGCACUCUGCUGGACAAACUAAAAAUGUUCAUAUCUUUGCUAGAUGAUUAAAUUAAUGUGGUAUA